CCUUAUUCCACCAGGUACAUCAAGGAAAGGCACUUAGUGUGAGCUCUCUCCCCUGAAUUGCCUUCCAACAUUGAGCUGUCACCCCUUGCCGAAGGCAACUGGGAUCAAGCACGCGGCUGACCACUCUCAUGUUGCCAUCGCUGGCACAUAAGACUAAAUAUUCAGCUUGGCUUCACUGAAGCUCUUGCCAGAAUUUUCUGCUCUCCCUUUCUAUUUCACUUGUUGAUUCACGGAUAGCUGUGUCACUUGUCUGCUUGAUCAAGCUUCUUGCCCGCAUACAUUGCUUACAGACCACGGGGAUUUGAGAUACCAUAUUUGUUGGCACAUUUGUCGAAGGAUAAGAAGGCGGAUUUAUUGUGAAACACCUGAGAGUUUGGUCCUGUACUUGCCAUCGAAGGCAGUCGGGCGGUUUAUCUCAAAUUCGAGAAAACUAGGCGCAGUCCAUUCCCGCUUUUGCGAAACCUCAAUACUCUUGUUUCACAUACUUUGAAGCAUCCUCAACACCACCGACCAUCAGGAUUUACAUGUACUCUCCUUAAAUCUCUGCGAGAUCCAAAAGCCUGUGCAUAACGAUUUUCAAGGAACAAUCAAUUGCGUCUCAUUUCAGAGAUCCGUCCCCACAUAGCCCGACAUGGCCACUGAAGAUGAUAAUUUUGACAUUGACAUUUAUGGCGAUGCAGGGGGGUACAAUGGCAAUGAAAACGAGGGAGAUUAUAAGGGGGAAGAGCCUGAGCUCAUCCUCGAUGCACCUGAGACAUCCCAUCAGAAUGGGAUAGGCGACGGCGGUGCCUCUGGUGGUAAUAAUAAUGCUACUGAGAACGGCAAUCAUAAGAUCUUUAAGACGGAAGAGUCGGGUCAACCCGGUAAAUCGGCUUCUGAUAAUCUCCAAGUACCCCAACAGGGUGUCAAACGGAAAGAGAGCCCGACGGAUAGGCCCACAGACCCAGACGCAACCAGUGCUUUGUACAUUUCCGAUCUCUAUUGGUGGACUACCGACGAUGAGAUACGCGGAUGGGUAAACGCGGCCGGCUGCGAGAGCGAGCUCAAAGACGUUACAUUCAGCGAACACAAGGUGAACGGUAAAAGUAAAGGACAAGCUUUUGUGGAGUUUACUUCGCCGCAGGCAGCAACGGCUGCGAAACAUCAAAUCGAAUCUCUCAACGCCGCCCAGCAAAGUGCAAGGAAGUACUCGGUCAAUUACACUCAGCCACAUACCAAUCCAUUCCGUACACUUCCGAAGGAUAACCCCAUGCGAGGGAAGGAUGACCGUUCGAGGUCUUCGUCCGCAGGCUUCAAUUCGCCGGUCCAGGGGAUGAACUUUGGCAUGGGCAACACUGGUGGGUAUAGGGGUGGUCGUGGCGGCGGAUUCAACCGUGGAGGCAUGAACAUGGGUGGCUUCAAUGCUAACCGCAAUUUCUCCAACCCAAUGGGCUCCGGUGGGUUUCAGGGCGGUGCGAUGGGAGGCGCUGGCUUCCAAGGAACACCUGUCGGAGGCAUGCAACCUUACGGAGGCUUUGGUAACCGCGGAGGUAUGAUGGGAUCGAACAUGCGAGGUGGUCCAAAUAUGCGAGGCCGUGGAGGCAUGGGUGGGCCUAUGGGCGGAAAUAUGAUGCCUGUCGGUGGCAUGGGAGGGGUUGGUAUGGGCGGCAUGGGAAUGGGUGGUAUGGGAGGUAUGGGAGGAAUGCCCAAUCAGAUGGGUGGCAUGAUGGGUGGAAUGCAAGGUGGUAUGGGAAUGCAAGGGCAAGGUUUCCAGGGCCAGAAUCCUCACUUUAACCCAGCGUUCUUUGGCCAACAUGGAGGCAGUGAUGGCGCCUGGAACCCCCAUGGAGCAAAACGCACCCGCCAGGAAUGAUCCCGAAAUCGGAUCGAUGAAAUCUCUGGAAAUGUGCCUCACUUUCUAAAACAUCGCGAACUUCGAAUCCCUUAUGCAUUAUGACGCUACUGCCUCCAUCCUCUCCCAUCUCUAUCCGAUUACAUUCUCGGUUGUAUUAGGCAAACUAAAGCAUUUGGCGUUUGUUAUUUUGUCUCGCUUCUUUUUUCUUUUUUUUCCCCCCUUAUAGCAGUGUUGAAAAUUCCCUAUGGCAAACCGGCAAUCUUCCAUUGGUAUCAGUCUCUAUUGCUAUGUCGGAACAAUUCCCACCAGAUAAAAGGUUUCUGUCUCUUUUGCUUUCCACGUUUCUCGUGAUAAUACAUCCACAGAGGUUUCUGGAGUCUGUGGGUCAUUUCAGAAUGCUUUCUUUACCCUGAUCCCGGUUCUCCAUGGACUUCUUUUUCUUCUGCCUCUUUCUUGUUUCCUUUGCUGAUCAAGUAUGUGUUUGGGGUUUUUUUCUACCUAGGUUUAUUGUUGUCAUCAUUUACAAAAUGGACUGUUUCAUUUCUUUCCCCGGAAUUAAUAUUUGUCGGACCAUUGACUGUACCAAGGGAUGGGAGGAGUAAGGAGUGCCUUCCUAUGUAUUAUUUUAUUCAUUAAUUGGAUUUCUUUGAAUUUCAAUAUGUGUGAC